AUGGAAAACAACACCAACAGCGAUAAAAGAAGCAUUAACAGCUUAUUCUCGAAAUACAACAGGAAUCGACGCAACAGACCAUUACCCGUGCUAAAGACUGACAAGGAUUUGGAAGCCGAAGGACUAGCACGAUUAUCUAUAGAUUUACCCAAUUUCCAAGUUACUGAUGAAGCUGACCAUCCACUGACUUCAUCGCCCUCCACCUCAGAAAUAGCGCAUGCUUUUGUAAGUCGUACAGAGGGCGCACCAGCACCUGCUUUUCAUAGACCCAAUUUGGAUGAGCAUGGUGGAUUCGCUAAUAGACAUAGUGUUGGCUUUGAUGUGCCUGGCGCUGUGCAUACCAUAGUGACUCCAAAAUUGAAAACAGAGCGUCAGAUUGAUAGCAAACUGGUGGUUGUAAUGGUGGGAUUACCUGCAAGAGGAAAGAGUUACAUUGUAAAGAAGCUGAGGCGUUAUUUGAACUGGUUGCAGUAUGAAACAAAGGUGUUUAAUGUGGGUAACUUGCGUCGUGUCAAUAAAGCAUCUCAACAGCUGGAUCAAUCAGCCAAUUUUUUUGAUCCUGACAACAAAGAUGGUAAUAAGAUCCGCGAUGAAUUGGCCAUCAUGGUGCUGGAUCAACUCAUUGACUGGCUGAGAACGGGAGGAAGAGUCGCUAUUCACGAUGCCACCAACUCAACUAUCCAAAGACGAAAGCUCCUUAUUGACCGCUUGCAGCAGGAGUCCGACAUCAAGGUGCUUAUUUUGGAAUCCGUGUGUACAGACAAGACAGUGCUUGAACGCAAUUUCCGCCUGAAACUAUCAGGCCCUGACUACAAGGACAAAGAUCCAACCAAAGCCUUAUCUGAUUUUAGACAUCGUGUGGCUAAUUAUGAAAGAGCUUAUGAGCCAGUUGGGGAUUGGGAAGAGGAUCAUGACAUUCAGUACUGUAAACUAGUCAAUGUGGGCAAGAAGGUAAUUGCUCACAACAUCUCGGGCUAUCUCUCUGGUCAAUGCAUAUUUUACCUGAUGAAUUUCAAUCUUGCAGAACGUCAGAUCUUUGUCACACGUCAUGGCGAGAGCGAGGAUAAUAUUACUGGAAGAAUCGGUGGUGAUGCUCCUCUAUCUGCCAAGGGAAGAAAGUUCUCCAAGGCUCUAGCACGGUUUGUCAAGGAGAGACGAAUUGCAUUUGCUUUGGAUCUUGCCAGAAGAAAGAUUCAAGAGGAAAAAGAGUCCAAAGAUCCACUCAAGGACUCUGAUGACGAGGAGCAAGCGACUGAGCAGGAGCACAAGGAGGAGAAGAAAGUGAGAGCAACUGCAGAGGCCAUAUCCAACUCGCAAUUCACCAUUUGGACGAGUAUGCUCAAGAGAUCCAUGGAAACAGCUCAAUCAUUUGAUCCUGACGAGUAUGAUAUCAAGCACAUUCGGUUCUUGAAUGAGAUCAAUUCAGGGAGUAGAGAAGGCAUGACGUACGAGGAAAUCAAGUCUCAAUUCCCUACUGAAUUUCAAGCUAGACAAGACAACAAACUUUACUAUCGCUACCCUGGUAUGGGUGGCGAGUCUUAUAUAGAUGUUAUACAUAGACUGCAAUCCAUGAUCAUUGAGCUGGAAAGAAUGAAUCAAUCUUGCUUGAUUGUCACGCAUCGCGUUGUUUUGCGUAUUCUAUUGGGCUAUCUGUUAGAAUGGUCUCAAACGCAAAUGCCUCAUAUGCUUGUGCCCAUCCAUACUGUCUAUGAAUUAAGACCCAAGCCCUACGGCGUCGAAUUGACUAGCUGGUGCUAUGACGAAGAAGCUGAUGAUUUUAAAGAGCUCAAGGAAGACUCGAGCCAAGAAUAA